AUGACCAAGUCACAUAAAGUUCAUUCCCAGGCAAAAAUCUCUGGAACUUCCAAGGUUUUGAAGUCCUCUGCUGUUUCAGAGGCCACAAACCAGGCAACACAAAACAAGCUGGUUUAUGAUUAUUUUGGUAUAGCCAGUGUGAUUCCUAGCAACAUCUCAGAAGAGUGCCGCAACUCUUACUUGACUUUAGAAAGGAGAAUUAGAAAGCAAAUCCCCAUAUGCGGACCAGGCGCUUGCACUCCGACCAGAGAUGGUUGGUACCACAGGUGUUCAAUGAUGAUUGCGGAUAUCUUGAGUGUUCCUCCAUCCAAUAACGUGACUGCAGUUGUGCACAAAAACUAUGACAUGUCUAAUUCUGAACAUCCGGUGACUAAACAUUGGCAAACAGUGACUUCUCGUCGCUUUAGCAACAGUGAAGAAUCAACUCCGGUGACUAUUAUCAUGUCUCCCCGUGGUGGAAAACCUUUCAUGAUCAUGACAGAGCUUGUGAAUAGUGCAAUAGAAUCUCUCCGUCAAAGAACAGAACAGAGGGUGCAUAUGUGUGUACAUUCCCCAUUAAGUGCACAAUUGCGUAGUUUAACUCAAGUAGGGGAAGUCCACAAGGCUUGGGAACUUUACUCAAGGCGCGUGGUAGGAGCAGCACUCUCCGUUUAUGACGAUUUGAUAGCAACUGGCUCCUUGCCUGAAGGAAGUUUGAACAUACAACAGCAUGCAUGUUGGGAGAAACGUCAAAGUCUUAACAGUACAAGGCUUGAACCCUUUGAGGGGGAGAAGCUUGGCUACUGUCAUUGUGGAAUGUUUACUGAUAAUUAG